AUGUCUGAUGUGAAAGUCACUGUGGUUGGAAAUCCACCUCCACCGGAGGUCAUAAAUUCCAAGAAGCCUGGACGUGUGACCAAUCAGCUGCGGUAUCUGGAGAAGGUGGUGAUCAAAGCUUUAUGGAGCCAUCAGUAUUCGUGGCCUUUUCAGCAGCCGGUUGAUGCCGUGGCGCUUCAUCUCCCAGACUAUUAUACAAUUGUCACCAAUCCUAUGGAUCUGGGCACUAUUAAGAAGCGUCUUCAGAACAGAUAUUACUGGCAAGCUACUGAUUGUAUGGAAGACUUCAAGACUAUGUUCAACAACUGCUAUAUGUACAAUCAGUCUGGACAUGACAUUGUCUUUAUGGCGCAGACCCUAGAAAAGCUUUUUUUGCAGAAAUUGUCAAAAAUGCCUCAGGAAGAGUUGGUCACAGCAGUCAGUACAAAGGAAUCAGUCAAAAAGAAAAAGACAAAUGCAGGUGCAUUGAAGCAGAGCUCCCUCAUGUCAGAAGUUGUUCUGCAGCAGACAGUGACAGUCAUUCCUCCUGAUGUGCCUCCAUUCAACCCACCCCUCCAGCUUUCUGCACAAGCUGAUGCAACAGUAAGCAUUUCAAUUAAAAAGGCUUUGAAGAGGAAAACAGACCCAGCAGCCCACACGACCAACAGUGAGGUUUCACCUACUGAGGAGCCUUCAGCACCCUGUUCAUUAUUGUCCCGGAGAGGCAGUGGAAGGCCCAUCAAAGCUCCUAAGAUGGACUUACCUGUCUUUGAGGGCAAGAGAGCCAGACUGACUGAGCAGCUGAAGCACUGCAAAGAGAUCCUGAAGGAGAUGCUUUCAAAGAGGCACUAUGCAUACGCGUGGCCCUUUUACACACCAGUUGAUGCAGUUACUUUGGGUUUGCAUGACUACCACGACAUCAUAAAUCAGCCUAUGGACCUGAGCACCGUCAGGAAAAAAAUGGAUAAUGGAGAGUAUGCAAACGCAAAGGAAUUUGCUGCUGAUGUCCGGCUGAUGUUCUCCAACUGCUACAAAUACAACCCACCUUUGAACGAGGUGGUGUACAUGGCAAGAAAACUGCAGGAAGUUUUUGAGGCACGUUUUCUGAAGGUUCCCCAAGAAUCAGAGGGUUGUUCAGUGUCUCAUCCACUGGUCGUCAAGGGAGCAGGAAGCAGAGUUGGAAGUCUGUCAACCUCAGAAAGUUCUGACAGCGAAAGCUCCUCAGAGGCAGAGAGUCCAUCAGAGGAGGUGGCCAUGCAGCUGGCCAAUCUAGAGGAGCGGCUGAAAGCUAUGAGUGAUCAGCUGAGGAGACUUAGCCAAGAGCCUCUGUUGAAACCAAAGAAGAAAGAGAAGUUGAAAAAGGAAAAAAGAUUGAAAGAGAAGGAUAUUGCACGACUGAAGCGCAAAUCCUCGAAAUACAGAUCUAUUGUAGAAAAAAUUGCAAACGGCAAGAGCUCCUCUCUGAAUGGCGAUCGAGAUAGAUAUAACUGCGAAGAACCCAUAAAAUAUGAGGAGAAGGUCUCAUCGACAUCAGUGACGUACCAGGAGAUGAAGCAGUUGAAGGCGGACAUCCACAAGCUGCCUGGUGACAAAUUGGGCAAGUUGGUGAACAUCAUUCACACCAGAGAAUCUUGUCUUCGAGAUUCCACUCUGGAGGAGAUUGACGUUGACUUUGAAAUGCUCAAGCCUUCCACAUUCAGAGCCCUGCAGAGGUUUGUUGCAGCGUCUCUGAGGAAAUGCAACAGAAGCAAAACAAAACUGGAGCCCACAGGAGGAAAGCUGACUGAGAAGCUAAAGGAUGAUGGGAAAUCUCCCACUGUCAGCAAAGAACAGCACUCAAUUAAGAAAAAAAAGCCAUUUGUCAUGGCCUCUUCUGACGUCAGCCUGUCACAUCUCAGCAAUAGCAGCAGCAGCAGCAGCAGCAGCAGCAGCUCAUCCUCCAGCUCUGGCAGCUGCAGCACCAGCAGCACCAGCAGUAGUACAAAGAAGCAGAAAUCUAAAUCCAAAGACCCUUGCCAAAAGGUUGUUAAAAAGGCAAAGGUGGCACACGCUGCUGUUAAAAAGCAGCCGUCGGUGAUAAAAGAUUUGACAAACCACUCCGUCAAGAUCAGUCAGCCUGCUCCUCCUCCGGUGCAGCCCUCGUUAGCAGAGAGUAAAGGCCAAGCAACACAACAGAAUGCAGACCAGACCUGUGAUGAGCCGACUUUAUCCCCUCCAGAUUUGUCUGCCCUUUUAUCUCCCAUGGCGUCUCCUGGAGUCUCACUGGACUGGGCUGCUGCCAGAUUUGAGGGCCCAGUGCUGUCCCCUCUCAGAGACAGUCCGCUGCAGUCCAAAGAUGAGGCGAAGCCCAAUUUCAGAGACCCUGAGGACUUAACUGAAAGUCAAGAGGCUAAUGUACCUUCCACCUGUCCUGCUGAAGAAGAAAAAACACAGAUUCCCAAAAAGAUGAACACGGUGGUUUUUCUUGCUCAGGACAUCGUGCUGAAAAACGCUGAGUCUUGGGCGAGACUGGUGAGACAGUCAGUCACCCCGACUGCAAUCAAGUCCUCCAAAGAGAGCUUCCAGCAGUUCCGUAAGGCCGCCAUAGAGAAGGAAGAGCGCGAAAAGGCUCUGAAGAAGAAACCGACGGAUGAAAACAAGGAGCGGGAGACUCCUGAAAAGAGCAGCCUACCAGGCCCAUGUAAAGCAGAACAAAACCCACAGCCUGUCAAAGAAGAUCCUGAUUUGCCAGAAAGCGUUUGCGCAGAAGCGAUCGUGGAUGCUCUCAGACACAUCAAGCAGGAAAAGUCUCCCAACGAAACACAACCUCCACCCACACAGCUCCCUGUGGACAGGGAGCGAGAGAUUGCCCGCAAGAAGGAGCAAGAGCGUCGCAGGCGAGAGGCUAUGUGUGGUAUUGACAUGACUUUGCAGCGCGACAUCAUGACUACGUUUGAGCUCAACAUGGACUAAAAGUCAACUGAGACGAAUCGGGACAGUGACACCUGCUUGAGAUCUCUGUUAACAACCUGAACCGUUCUGUCCUGAGCACAAAACAGUCUUCUAUAUGCUCUAAAACAAGCAAACAAACAAAAAACUGGAUGUUGAAUUGUGAGGGGGGAAAAUAAACGGUACAUAAAAUACAAAUUAGCAUUUGAUAAAUGUCUGCACUAACGCACUCUUGAAUUUGGAAUGAUUGGGGUGAGGCACUGUCAUAAAAACAAACCUGGAUGUAAUAUUUCUUGUACUUCUGCACUUUUCAAAUUUGGAUGCGUCGUUCUACAGUCGACAGUUGAGAAGCUACUUCAUGCAUCUAUUCACUGCAGUUCCAAUGUCACUGUGUUGUUCUGAAAUGUGCAGUGUUCGGUUCUCGUCUUUAAGGUGUCCCAUUCAGUGAAUCGUCACCACGUUUCAGUUAAUCCAGAAAUACACUAAAUAUAGACACAGCAUUGGUUCGUAUGUCUCUGUUACAUACGUGUAUCCAUUUUUCUUUAAAAAUCAUUUGUUGAUGAAAAAAAAACAACUUUUGAACAAAGGUGAGUAGGUCAUCUCCAGAGUUUGAUUGACCUCAGUUCCCUUAUUUGCUCGACUACUUGAAAAAUUCAUUGUGUUAACUGCACACGCACUGCACUUUGUUGUUGCUCCAGAGUUGUUUUUGGGGGGCAUUAUCGGCAUAUUCUGGAUGUUACAGUUCAUAUAUGUUAAAAAUAAAUACAAAUUUCUUUCUUUCUUUUUUUUUUUUUUUUACUCAAGAUAAUAAAGCUAUUUUCACUUAAA